UGCAGUCGAGGCUGUUUUGAUUUCUUGAACGCUGACAGCAGCUGCUCACAGGAGUCACAGCGCUUACAAGUCAAAAUGCAUUCCAGCAUAGGAACGAAAAUUACUAGCUCAGCCAGCCUGUGAUUCUUCCCAAGACCUUUUCACCUUUGGGCUCGCCGUUUUGUUUUUUUUUAAAUUUUUACUACAUUAUCAUCCCCUGUCUGAGUAACAUCGAUCUACCAGCGAACAGCGUGAGAGCUCCCUGAUCCACGCAGACGAUGGAUCAGUCUGCCGUUCUGCCAGGCAGCGACGAUGGUGGUGGUGGUGCGCCCUCGCUCCCCUCCUCCGCUGGCCUGUUCCAUCCCCUGUUCGAUGUUCUCCCAUCGCCGACCACAUCUCCGGUUCUUCCCGAAUCCCUGUUGAUGUCCACGGAGACGCUGCAUCCGCCGUUGCCUGUCUCGUGGCCGUAUGCGCAGAUGGAUCGCAAUGUCUCCGCUGCCGUGAUGGAGCGCAUUGCCUCGUCGCAGCAGCCUCUUACCAGUGAUUUUGUCUUUCCUUUCGGUUUCUCCAGUUCUUCUGCUUUUGGGCUUUCCGAUCCUGCAUAUAGUCUACCUCCAGAUGCUGUUGCUCACGCCAUAUUGCGAAAUACAUCCCCCGCAAACACGGGUGGAUACACCGGUGCCAGUAGCAGUGCCGGUGCUAUCAGAACGGCCGGAAUGAAUCAAGCAAGCACGAGCGCGUCUGUCGUCAUCACGCCGACUGCCCCGUCACAACCUGUCAACAUGCCACGGGUAAUGCCUGUACUGCGUGCGCCGUCGUCCACGGACGGAGCACGGCGUGAGCAGCGUCUGCAGUUGCAGUCACUGCUGCAGUACGUGGUGCCGUCGACCACCGGACGCCCCAUGGACGCCCGCUCGCCACCCGGUUCCCCCGUGAUGAUCCCCGGCGAGAUGGCGGUGGGACCGCCCAAUGUCAAUCCCUUCACUGGACCCACGAGCCGCCAGCGCGCCAGUGUUAUACAGAUGUCGCCGUCUGUUUCAUCAGCCGUCGACGUCUCCGGGGAACCUGCACGCGACAUUCAUCCGUCUCCUGUGCAGCAUCAGCACCAGCCGAGUGUACAUCCCUAUUUCCACAGCCGCAUCCACGAACUGGAGGCCAGCAGUCAUCGAUCUCAUCGUCUCGCCGUGCAGGAAUAUCUCCGCAGUAUGCAGCGAGCGCCGCGUGUACAGAUGUUGGCAGCAGGCGGACAAACCUCAUCUAGUCCGCGUGAUAUGGCGCCUGGCCACAAUACAUCGGGAUUGGCCAGAGCGGGGAAUGGUCGGGGAUCGGAGGCCGCUGGUGGGAGCACGGGAUCGUCUUCCGUUUCGGGAUCUGGGUCGCAUUCGCAUGGAUAUCGCGAACAUCGCUCACAGGUCAUUUACCACGAUGCUCUUGGUCGAUCCAUUCCUUUUUAUGCCAUUCAUCGUACUGAAAACCGUGCUCCGGUCACCGUGGCCACUGGCUCAUCCUCACAGACCUCCGCGGUGCCUUCUUACUCCGGAUUCUACCAGCCAGUCUUUCGCCCGGUGGACACGCGUCAGACGUCUCAGGCAUGGAAUCCCCCUUACGCUACCGGUGAAACCAAUGAUAAUCAAACAGAAACAUCAUCCGCGGGUCGCACCGCGGCUUUUGAGUCAGUCUCCCAGCGUCGCCAUGUGCGCGCCGGUACCUGUCCGUACGCGCGACCAUUGGCGGGCCCAGCGCGCGGUGAAGCACCACCGCGUUCCACGGUGGAAUGGAUUACCGAUAACGAAGCCAGCAGCAGUUCCAAUCGUGAUGUGGAGCGAUCUCAAGCAGCUUUGAUGGCAGCACAUGCUGUGCGGCAACACCGUGCCGCCCUCUCGAUGGAGGAACGCUCGGCGGCUUUGCGUCAGCGUCAGGAGCAUGUUACCGCGAGUGGUGAGCAGUAUCACGGCCGCAGUCCACAGGAGAUCUUGCGCGGACAGCAGAUGAGCAACGCCGAGCAGCGUCGCCGACUGAUCUACAUUCCACAGAAUCAGUCCCAUGCCGGCCCGCCGCCCUACGGCCGGAUCGCGGCCAGUCUCCUACAGUUCAUGGAUGCGGGGGCGAUUUUCAUGCACACCGACGGCGAACCAAAACUGAUCUUGGAAGAAGAUGUGAUUGCGGCGAUUGCCAUGGAUACACAGUCUUUCGAAUUUGAUAAUCAGUUCCCAUAUAAUGAGGAGUGCAUUAUCUGUUUUGAAGAGUUUGAACUGAAACAGGAAGUUCGGGUGCUUUCUUGCAAUAAAACUCAUCGCUUCCACAAGCACUGCAUCGAUAAAUGGCUAAUCAAGAAUAAGCCCAACUGUCCCAUCUGCCGGCAGAUCCUGCCCAGUCUCAAUCAACCCAAAGACGCCGUGGUCAGCGGCAGCGGCCUGGCUGAUCACCAUCCGCUGGCACACGAUCCGGCCGUAGUGAUGGCCGGGCCCUCCAUCCCCAUCCCGGCUGAUGAGUGGAACUGAGAGGAAUGCCUGUUUCUCUCCCUGUACACACAAAUUAUAUUAUAUUGAUCCGGCUGCUGUUUGUAGAUGAAAAAAUUAUUAUUUUGAAUUGUUUUGUUUUUGUCUCUGUUAGUGCGCAUGAUUGUCAGUUGAUUGGUUUGUGAGAGAUGAUGUUUGAGAAUAUUCGUUCGGUUUGCUGCUGUUUUUGUAAGGGGAUCAUACGACUGUUUGCCGUUUGGAGGUUUAGGUUAUUUUUUUGAUUUAAUCAAGUGUGCUUAAUUUUAGCGUGGUUGAUGCUGCAAACCGGGGUGGUUGAUGUUUGUAUGUUACUUUAUUUUUGUUAUGGUGUUGGUCAUGGUUGUGUUUUAUCAUAAUUUCGAAGAUGUAUAUCUUAGAAAUGGUAAAAAAAUCAUUUGAACCAACAAACAUCUG